AUGUCUUUACCGGUUUCCAAACGUUUUAUUGACGGGCUGUAUCAGGAAUGGGAAAAUGAUGAAGAUGAUGCGAGCGACGGUGACGAUGAUGAUGAGGAAGAGGAAGAGGAUGACGAUCGUGCUUUGGGUGUGGCCAUUCAGGGAUCGAGAGAUGAGGAUGAGGAUGUGGAUAUGAUGAGUACAUCGUUUGAGGGAUUUCGGAUGUGA